UAUAAAAGGCAAAGACGUGAUUCAACACUCCAGUCAGGGUACCCACAACAACAGCAGCGCUUCCAAUAUUAUCAAUGCAUGUAAACAUGAGAAUCCCACUUCUUCUUGGAAUCGUUCUUGGACUUUGGGCAUCAGUCGAAUCGAUGCUGGUUAAUUCUGAGACCAAAAGUCCCAUUAAAGCUGAGGAAGAUGUAUUCCGAGAGGCUGUGACGGACGGGUUCCUUGUUGAGCAAUUUUUUGGCCCGUCAGUCCAAUCCGAAUCACUUCCAGAAAACACAACCACUCAACAGUCAAACCAAACGUCCUCUGGCGCAGAUGAGAGUCGUAAUCGAAUCCUACUGGAGGACGCCAGUGAGGGAAGUGCAUCAGGCGACAGCAGUGAGAGGCUCUUCCAGCCCAGGACAACUUUUAUGGGCGCUAAAAAGGAAAAGGAGGCUCUACCAGAUGAAGAUAUUGGGUCAGGUGAAGAUAUUGGGUCAGGACAAGGAUAUGUCAAAGAAAACCUCAAAACGAAGAGAAUCUUUGACUUUCCACCAAUCCAAGGUGGUAACUCUCAUCAUGUUCCAGUCCAGUCUGAGAGUCCAGAGUCACCAGAGCAGCACAAAGGACAUGUGACACCAGAUUGGAUCAUCAUCUUGGGAUUUGUUGUUGGUGUUGCAGCACUGGUUCUGCUUUGUGCGGCUAUCGCUACCAGAGACAAGUGGAAUGGCCCAAGCCAGGCAUCACGUUUACAAACCCAAGUUGGCUACACACAGCAGCGGAAAGAGGCAGAGACUGAGACAUUCCUGCAAAAAGAUAGACCCAAGGAAAAUGGAAAGGCAGAAGAGUACACAGUCAUCCCCCUGGAUGAGCUUCCAGAGAAAUAUUCACAGUGAAACAAACUCUCUUUUCCAAGUAUGGGGAACAGGCCAGUUCUGAGCAUUCUUGCAACUUUGGAGCCCACUCAGAACAAGAAAUGUCUGGCUUACUAAUGACAUUAGGAAAGCUUUGCAAAUACAUUUCAAUAGUAAUUUCUAGUUAUUUAUUGUCAGUGUUGGACAGAUUAUUUUUAAAAAGAAAUGAGUUAUAGUUACUUGUGUUUAGUCCGGGGAAGACCCAAGAGUCAAUCAAUGAAUUUCACAACAGUAUAACACGUAGAAGGUUUUCCCAGCUGAGGUCUCUGUCCAUUCACAUCAGUAGAUGAUUCAGGAAGAGCUCAAACUACAGAUUACAAGUCUUUUGUACGCUUGUCUGCCUGCCUAUCUGACCCCAUCGGUAAUCUUCGCCACACCCUUGGUGGUCGGACAGUCUUCUAGUUUCCAGAAGCGUUGACUAGCUCUUUAGCUUCCUGCAUAGUGGUAGUGAACAAUGGCAACCUCGAGCGACAACCAGAUCGUUGAUAUAGAUUUCAGUGCGCGGUAACAAGAAAACAAUAACAAUAAGUUACCCCAACACUAUUUAUUGUCACAUUAACACCUGUUAGCCAUAUAUAGUCGUCUCUUGCCAUAAUUGGUUGCAGACUUGACCUCGCUAAGUGAAUUUCCGCAAAGUAGGAUUCAAUAUUAAUAAAUGGAAUAUUUGCGUAGCUACGGCAUAGAAAACCUGUUUACAAUUUUCUAAAUACAGUUUUUAACAUGAUUAGAGCCCUCUAGAUAGGAAAUAACACCCAUAUAGUCACCUUUACAUUCAUUACCCAAUAUAACAGAUAUUAUCAGAGAAAAUAAGGCAUUUUAGACAUCCAUCCAUCCAUUUUCUAUGCCACUUAUCCUCAUUAGGGUCGCAGGGGUAUGCUGGAGCCUAUCCCAGCUGACUUCGGGCGAGAGGCAAACCCUGGACUGGUUGCCAAUCGUAGGGCACAUGACGUCGGAGGUUCAGAGUUGAGUUUUAGCUUGUCUUGGGUUAUGGACCCAACAGUAGCCCAUGUUAUUAUUAUGAUUAUUAUGUUAUUAUUAUUGUGCCUGAGAUAAUUCAAACUUGCAAUAAAUGCCUUUUCUUGCGAUCACACGCCCUUGUCUCACCAGACGCCGACACCUAGUGGUCAAUGUAGAAUACUACAUUCACAAUUAGAAUGCUUCUUCUACCUUGUAUUUGUAUUUUACUUCAUUUAGUUAGUUCAUGAAACCAUUUUUAUGCUAGAAAAAGCUUAAUUUAGGUCAAGAAUGAAUACAAUUUGCUUGAAUAUACAUUUGUUUUAAUAAUAAUAGGCCGUAUUCAACCACGAAACAGUGAUCAAUUAUUAAUUAAUUACUUUGCGGAAAAAAUGCGAUAGAGUGAGGGUGCGAUGUUUGAACUGCGAUGUAGCGAGAGACGACUGUAAAACAAAUCUGGUAAAUAAAGAUGUGUAAAUAUCAUUUCAAUAUCACCCCUGUGUUGGUGUUUCUUACUGGCUAAUAUUUACAUAGAGAAUGUAUUGGUCUAUUAAUAGACGCAGGAAAAAAUAGCUUUACAAUGUGUUAUUUAUACUGCAACAUACUUUUUGUAUAUGACUUUGUUGUUACAGUAGUAUUAUAUGUCAUUUAUGAUGUUGUUCUGAUGACCUUCCCACAUUCCUUAUAAAAGCAAUGAAAGUUCAUAUCCACCUUCCUCUAAGUGUUACAUUUUUGUACCAUUAAACACACUUUCAAAAAUAAACUCAGCAACAAGCUCAUCAGUAAUAAUUUAUUUGUAUCCUUUGAU